AUGAUUGAGAAAGCACAAUAUCUCAAGAGCCACGGAUACGCCUUUCGGGCUGAACAAGCUGACAUAUCGCGACCUGGCCGGGAAUCGCGACGACGGUCUUAUUUAAAUGUUGUUGGGAACAUGAUGUUCGUGAAAAUGCCCUCAUUGGAAGACGUACGAAGCUCUAACGCAGCCUGGAAUCUAGGUUACUCGCCUGUUUGCGUGGUUGUUGGAGGGACCUCGGGAAUCGGGCAGGGCAUUGCAGAAGCUAUCGGCCGUCAUUCAAAUGGGGAUGCAUAUAUCGUGCUUGUUGGCCGCAGCCAUUCGAGAGCUCGGAAGAUUAUCGACGGACUACCGAAGGGCUCUGGGAGAACCGAGUUUGUCGAAUGCGACCUGACAAUGGUGGCCAACGUCAAACGUGUGUCUGCCGAAAUUCUGGCGCGACCUGACUUCGCUGGACGUGUAAAUCUGCUCGUACUCACUGCCGGGGCCAUUUCGCUGGAGAGCCAGGUAACGGGGGAAGGAUUAGAGAAGUCCAUGGCGGUGUGGUAUUAUUCACGUUGGGCAUUCAUCAACAGCUUGUUGUCUGGACUCGAGAAAGCUCAGGGGAAGGGACAAGAAGCCAAAGUUAUCUCGGUCCUCAAUGCGGGCCUCGGAAAAGCACUGGACGCGAACGACCUGGGUAUGAAGAAGGCUUUGGGGUCGAUAAAAGGGCUGUCUGAUUUGCGAGAGACGGGAUUGGAAGUGGGGACAUAUCAGGACUUGAUGGUGAAGGGCUUCGCUAUUCGAUACCCAUUCAUCUCAUUCGUCCAUUCACGACCAGGACCCGUCAAUACGCCCCUCUACGAUGUUUCAUCGAAUUCAGAGGUGAGAAAAGCGGGGGAAGCGGUCAGGCUUGCCACUCGGACAGUGGCUAAAUCGAUUGGAGAAUGUGGGGAGCAUCAACUGUACGCCAUGCUCCAAGCAUCACCGGGCGUAUCUCGCAGAGGGCCAGACGGAGACGACAUUGGGAUGGCUUCCUUUGCGGGUAGCGAAUCAGAUGUAGAGCUGCUAUGGGCUCAUACAGAGGCAGUCGUUUAA